UUGGAGUUGUAGAACAUUCGAAUAAAGACGUUAUGGUGCUACCUCAUCAUCAUUACCAUCCAUCAUAUUCCUCGCCUUCCUCUUCUUCCUUGUGCUACUGUUCUGCUGGUCUUGGCGAUCCCAUGUUCUCUGUUUCAAGCAAUCAAGCAUACGCUUCUUCUCACGGUGAUAUGUUCUCCCUUGCCGGUUCUAGUUCUGCUUCUGUGACUGUAGCUGAUCCUUUUUUCACCUUGAGCUCUUCUUCAGGGGAGAUUGGAAGAAGUAUGAGUGGAAACGCAAGUGUAGCUUUCAGUAACGCUCAGUGGCAGGAGCUUGAGAGGCAGAGGAAUAUAUAUAAGUAUAUGAUGGCUUCUGUUCCUGUUCCUUCCGAGCUUCUCUCACCCUUUCCCAAGAACCACCCAUCAACCACUAACCCGGAUGUAACAGUGGCAAUGGCGAAAGGAGGUUCGUUGCAGCUGGGGAUUGCUUCAAUCGCAAGUAAUAACACGGCUGAUCAGGAGCCAUGGAGGUGCAAGAGAACGGAUGGGAAGAAAUGGAGAUGCUCUAGAAACGUGAUUCCUGACCAGAAAUACUGCAAGAGACACACACACAAGAGCCGUCCUCGUUCAAGAAAGCAUGUGGAAUCAUCUCACCAGUCAUCUAACCACAGUUACACUCGUAGUAGCGCUAAGAAUGAUACUAGCCAGUUUACUAGAACUUAUCCUCAGUUUUACGGACAACCUGUAAACCAAGUCCCUGUGCUUUCUACUCUUCAGUCCGCUUCCUCUUUAUAUGAUCACAACAGAGGAUUGAGGUGGUUUAGGAAAGAAGGUGAUGCCAUUGGAACUUUAAACCCGGAGAUUCAUGAAACUGUCCCGCUGAAGGUUGGAUCACGCAGUGAGCUCAAACGCGGAUUCAAUUACGAUCUGAAUUUCAGGCAGAAGGAGCCAAUAGUAGACCAGAGCUUUGGAGCGUUGCAGAGUCUAUUGAGUGUAAACCAGACACCACAUAACCAAGAGACAAAGCGGUUUGUUGUACAAGGGAAACAAGUUGAAGCAAUGGGAAGCUCUCUAACACUAUCAAUGGCUGCAGGAUCCAUGGAGGAAGCAGAAGGAACAAACCAGCAUCAUCAGUGGGUUAGCCAUGAAGGUCCAUCAUGGAUCUAUUCAACAACAACACCAGGUGGACCAUUGGCUGAAGCAUUGUAUCUUGGUGUCUCCACCAACAACCCAAGUUCUAGUACUACUACUAGCAGCUGCAGCAGAAGCUCAAGCUAAAAGAAAAAAAAAAAAGAAAAGACUCAAGUUGUGUGUGUUGUUUACAAACAAGUCAAAAACCGGUUUUAGUGAUUUGUUUGAAAAUCUGAGACCUUUCUUUCUAGCUUUUGUUUGUGUGUUUGCAGUUAGAUUUUGUAGAAGAAGACUCUAUGAUGAAACAAGUUGACGAGUCAAAAUGCAACUUUUUCACCUUACGUUGAA